GCCGCCGGUUCCGGAAGAGGGCCUGUCGGGGUAGGGUAGGGUGGGUGGAGUGUGUGUUGGGAACUUGGCAGCCGCGGCGAAGUGGGUGACCGGCCUUCGCAGACUCUGAGUGACCGGCGCAGUCAGACUUCGAGAGAAGAUUAUAAAUGCCAGAGUCAUUUAACUGAUGGUUAGCCAUUGAUUUCUGACACCUCCUUAAAUAUCUUCUUGUACCAACAUCUUCAUUGGGAAGAGUUCACAAAAAGUACCACAUAGGGAGACCACAUCCACAUUUACUAUGGCUAUACCAAUUACAGUGCUAGACUGUGAUCUCUUACUGUAUGGUCGAGGUCACCGGACUUUGGACCGUUUUAAGCUGGAUGAUGUGAGUGAUGAAUAUUUGAUGUCCAUGUAUGGGUUUCCACGACAGUUCAUUUAUUACUUGGUGGAGCUCCUGGGAGCAAGUCUUUCUAGACCUACUCAACGAUCCAGGGCUAUUAGCCCAGAGACACAGAUCCUUGCGGCACUGGGCUUUUAUACUACAGGUUCCUUCCAGACUCGGAUGGGAGAUGCUAUUGGAAUCAGUCAAGCCUCUAUGAGUCGUUGUGUUGCCAAUGUUACGGAAGCACUUGUGGAAAGAGCUUCACAGUUCAUUCACUUUCCAGCUGAUGAAGCUUCCAUUCAAGCUCUGAAGGAUGAAUUCUAUGGAUUGGCAGGAAUGCCAGGGGUGAUAGGUGUGGUCGACUGUAUCCAUGUGGCAAUCAAGGCACCAAAUUCUGAAGAUCUCUCCUAUGUGAACCGCAAAGGUCUCCAUUCUUUAAACUGCCUGCUGGUGUGUGACAUUAGAGGAGCACUAAUGACUGUGGAGACAAACUGGCCAGGCAGCCUCCAGGAUUAUGCCGUGCUGCAGCAGUCUUCUCUGAGUAAUCAGUUUGAAGCUGGGAUGUACAAAGAUAGUUGGCUUCUUGGUAAGUUUGCAGGCGUAAAUUUGGUAUUUGUAGCUAUUGAAAAAAUUUUAUAAUAGAGAGCAUGAGAGGUACGGCCUGGCAAUAUAGUAAAUUGGAGGCCCUGAGUUCAAACCCCACUACUUAAAAAAAAAAAACUAAACAAAAUUAUGUAACCAUGUAGAAUGAAAUAUGAGACUCUAUAUACCUGAAUCUCAGUUCUCUCACUUUUUUUUGUGAGACCUCAAGUGAUAAGCUCUGAGCCUUUUCUCUUUUUUCUGUCAUUAAUAUUACUAUUUUGUGGGCUGAGGAUCAAAUCCAGGGCCUUACACAUGACAGGCAAAGGCUCUACCACUGAGUACACUACCAGCCCUUAAGCCCUAAUUUAAAAAAAACCAAAAAAACAUUAAAGCUGGGUGUGGUAGUAUAUGUUUAUAAUCUCAGC